GAUUCCUUUACGCCCAUUUGUCUGCCCCUUUAAUCAAUUGAUCAUGAAUGUUUUGUAAAUCAUUAUUUGCUGAUUGAUGUGAUCAUGUUUCGUAUUGUUUUGUGUGAUGAUAUGAUUUACCGAUAGUGUGAAUGAUCAAACUUGAUUUUGUUUUCUUCGUGAUUUCGGAAUAUGUUUUAAGUCUGAUAAUUGUAGGAUCGAUUGAAAGGGUGCCGGAAUCGAAGUUACUCUAUGCUUUCCGAUGAUUUUUCACUGAUCACAUUAAUGUCAUUCUCGAGGAGGUCAAGGUACUCCCCUUCUCCUUCACCACCACACAAGCGCCAUGUCUCAAGGUCCAGAUCGAGUUCCAGGAGUCGGAGCUAUGAUGCAAGUGACAUUGAAAAUCCUGGAAACAAUUUGUAUGUUACGGGUUUAUCCCCACGUAUCACAAAGAGAGAUCUUGAGAAGCAUUUCUCAGCAGAGGGAAAGGUGGAAGAUGUUCAUCGUGUGAUAGAUCCUUGGACACGAGAAUCUCGUGGAUUUGGGUUUGUAUCUAUGUCCAAUAUAAAGGAAGCCGAACGCUGCAUCAAGUAUUUAGAUGGCUCUGUUCUUGAGGGCCGUGUCAUCACUGUGGAGAAGGCCAGGAGGCGGAGAGGCCGGACACCCACUCCAGGAAGGUACCUUGGACUGAGGACUGUACGUGUCCAUCGUCGAUCACCAACCUACUCUCCUUAUUCGAGGAGCAGUUCUCCAUCUGAAAGAGAGAGGAGCAGGAGCAGGUCCUACUCUCCAUGUUACAGUAGCCGACGCCGCAGAUCAUCCUCGAGUCGUGGGAGGUCCUACUCUCGUUCUAGCAGUUGGUCACCAGUUGGUAGACGCAGGUCCUAUACCCCAGAUCAUUACUACAGGAGGAGUCGGCACCGAUCAAGAUCUUACACCCCAGAAGACCGUUACUAUAGGAGGGGUCGAUACCAUUCUAGGUCAUACAGCCCAGAAGACCAUUACUAUAGGAGGGGUCAAUACCGUUCCAGGUCCUACAGCCCAGAAGACCGUUACUGCAGAAGGGGCCGGUACCAUUCCAGGUCCUACAGCCCAGAAGACCGUUAUUGCAGGAAGGACCGGUACCGGUACUGCUCGAGGGAUUAUUCUCCAGAUUACAGAGCGUCGUUUAGGGAUUAUUCACCGGACUAUAGAGGGUCAUUGAGGAGCAGGAGCAGGCGUUAUGGGUCUGUUUCUCGAAGUGUAUCUUCUUCCCCAAGGAGGCAUUAUAGGAGCUACUCUUCCAGCGCGUCGCCGGUUAGGUCAAACUCGACAAGUAGCAGGAGCAGCAGUCCGAAUUCUAGGUCAAUGUCGAGGUCGCCUACCCCUAGGUCUGGUUCUCCUAGUUAGAUAGUCGAUUGUAUUAAUGGCAUGGAUUUAGGGCAUAUGUUGUGUUAGUUGUUGAUCCAAGUUUCAGUGUCUUUGGAUUUGAUGGUUGAA